GGGGCUGAUUACGAAGGAUCGCGACGACCAACGUACCUCACCCGACAACCCCAUAGCCACCUUGGAACAGCAUACAAUCGCAACUCUUCAACAUCACGAGUCGCAAUCAACAAACGCGCAGACGUAUGAUCACAACAUUCGCGCAACAUGGCAGAUACUUCACACCCCGACUCGAUCGAUUCGCAGGACCCAAACCAACAUCCAGAUGAGAAGAAGACCAAGAGCAGGAGGCCGGCGAGUAAGGACUCCAUGGGUUAGCUGGUACGUCGAGGACUCGGGCUGAUAUGAUGUUUCUUCAUGCAGAUACGGCAUUCCGACAGCAACGAUUAAAAGCAUGGCAGUGAGUGGCACGAUGGAAUACAAUGGGAGGGUUGAGAUGCGCCGGAGUUCUGCUGACGGAUCGUGAAAUGUAGACCAAUUCUCACACCCAAGACCGUCCUCCCUUUAUUUUUCGCGAUCGGAAUUAUAUUUGCGCCCAUAGGUGGAGGACUAUUGUUUGCAAGCUCGACGGUUGGUAUACCCGGACGUCAUGGGAGGACUUGAACUUGGAAACUGACUUGAGCUUGGAAAUAUUAGGUCCAAGAGCUUAGAAUGGAUUAUUCGAAUUGUCAUACCGAUGCGCCUUUAUGGGGACCGGAAGACCUUCAGACGGAUCCUACAGCAAAGAUGCCCAGCAGUGCUUGGGAAUCGCAUUUCAAGUCAAAUGAAAUAACUGGAGACCCGAACCCGACAUGGUCAAGACAAUUUGUUACUCAACAAUACGGCGGGAAUGUCAGUGUUGGCGUCUGGCAAUGUCAACUCAACUUCACGGUCCAGCAUGAACUGACGCCCCCAAUAUUCUUCUAUUACCGCCUCACGAAUUUCUACCAGAACCAUCGUCGUUAUGCCAAGUCUUUCAAUACCGAUCAAUUAUCCGGAAAAGCCGUUUCCUUGAAAGCAAUCAGGAGCAGCGAUUGCACGCCACUAGCAACUCCCUCAGGUGUUGAUAAGCCAUACUAUCCAUGUGGUUUGGCCGCCAAUUCCGUUUUCAAUGACACAUUCUUUACCCCAACUCCAUUGGGAUUUGAUUGGGAUUUUGUCAUGACGAAUAACGAUAUUGCCUGGGACAGCGACAGAAAGCUUUAUGGCAAAACGGCCUAUAAUUUGAGCGAUGUAGUCCCGCCACCAAAUUGGAUGGCACGUUAUCCUUACGGCUAUACCGAAGAUAACCAGCCAGAUUUAGCCAACGACGAGGAAUUCCAGGUCUGGAUGCGUCUCGCUGGUCUUCCCACAUUCAGCAAGCUCGCUAUGAAAAAUGUUACCCAAACCAUGAAGGCAGGAAAAUACUCUCUUCUGGUCAACAGCCGUAAGACCCUACUUCUCCACCUGUUUCAUUGCAGAUACUAACCCAAAAACUUAGAUUUCAACGUAACCGAGUAUGGAGGAACCAAAUCUAUCAUCAUCAGCACUGGGACCGUCAUGGGCGGCCGAAACCCCUUCCUAGGAAUCGCCUACGUUGUCGUAGGAGGUAUCUGCAUCGUUCUUGGUUCCCUCUUUACCGUCACCCAUCUCAUCAAGCCGCGUAAAUUGGGAGAUCACACAUACCUCAGUUGGAACAAUGAUAACCCAGCAGCUGGUGGUGUAGCAACUGGUGGUCGUGAUGGAGUGUUAGGCGGCGAAAGAGCGUAAUAUCCUCCUUUUCAGUUUCCUGUUUUGGUUUGAGAAAUGAAGGCUUGGGAGAUCGGGUCGGGUACCCGGGUUUGGAAGACCCGGAAGAAGAGAUGAUAUUGUGGGUUUGUACUAUAACGAGAUGAAGGAGGGAAGGAAUGAAAGGUCUGGUCUGGUUUGGUCUGGGUGUCACACACACACACUUUUUAGUUUCCCGGAAAACCCCUUCUUUGGAUGGAUGAAUUAUUUCGAAAGCGCGGGGGUCUUUUCAUGAUAUGGCGUCGGUCUUUCU